CACAUAUUGCGGUUCCUAGCUCGACAGGCUACUGCGAACAAGAACGACGCCGUCUAGGCUGCCAUCGUACCCCUUUUGCAUAUCAAUCCUCCACGGCCCAGACUUGCCCUCAAACCAGCACUCUAUCGAGCCUGCCUGUCGUUCCUGAGGACAUCCUCGAUCUUGUCGGUUCAUCCGAUGAGCUGGGCGGGCCAGACCUGUUCUCGAGAGGCGGUUGUGCAUUGAGGAUGCGGGCUGACCUUUACGACGCGGAACCAAUACCUGGCUAGUCUCAAUCUACUCUAAAAAAGUCUAGACUGUCCCGAAUUCCAGCGGCACCCCCCGCUUGCCAUCGUAAACUCCUGGCAUGUCAGCCCUGCGCGCAUAUAGUCACGCUAGUCUCGCUUCGAACGCCACACCCCGCCUUCCUCAGCACCCCGCCCCUUCCACGUCACCACUUCCUGGCCCCCGCCUCCGUGCAGCGCACAGCGAUGAACCUGUACCUGAUCCCGAACGACCCCGAGCAGACGACACUGGUGUCGGCGAACGGCGUCGCGCAGUACCGGGUGCUGACCUCGAAGGCGGGCGCGCUCCGGAGCCCGGCCGUGACGCGGAUCACGCGCCCCGCCGACAGCGCCGCGAACGCCGGCGUCGCCGAGGUCGAGUGGCGGCGCUGGGGCGCGCACCCCGUCGUGCGCACCCACGUCUUCGACGGCGAGGCGCAGACGCUCGAGGUCCGCGAGCUGCUGUACAAGCUCGGGAGCACGUUCAGCACGGCGAGGUACUUUCUCGGAAACGACAACGAAGAGUACCGCUGGAAGUACGCCAAGGGUAGUGGUUACGUCCUGUCGCUGCGCAGCACAGGCGAGGAGGUCGCACGGCACACGGCGGAGCUCGUCAAGGAGGGCUAUUUCAAGGGCGAACGUCAGUGGGUGCUGAAGAUCAGACCAGGCUGCGAUCUGGACAUCGAUAUCAUCGUGCUCACGUUCGUCAUCCUCGAGAAGCGGCGCCGGGAUAAGCUCGCGAAGCAAUCAUCUGAAGAGCACGGCGAGGAGCCGUGCGAAGGCGGCAUUGAGAUGAGCUCGUAGCCAUGUUAAGCCAUGAUAGCGUCAGGUGCUGGGUCUGUCUGCUAUUGUCUGGAUCCUCUCUUCUUUGGGUCUUAUGGUGUAUCUCGUAUAAUGGGCUCUGAGCUGGGCUAAUUGUUUUGGUGAAGUGGGCUUGUAUUAGUAGCACCUAAUGUACACUUCUCAGGGAUGACAAGAUUUCCAGAAAGC